AAGCAGUGUUUUAAACCCGACUAAAAGCAUAGCUAAAGCGAACAGCAAGACAUUCGUCUUUAGAAACAGUAUUUUUAUAUAAAUCCCCUGCUUCGCCUUUAUCUUUAUCAUAGAGUAAAUCUUCUUCGUUUCGCGUACAAGUUUACAUAUAAUGCAUUUUAGACCUUGAUAGUUUAAGACAGGAACCAAUUCAGUAUUUUUUAGGAACAUUUGUGUAAAAUUCCAAAGGAGUCAAUGUUGUGGAUUGAUUCCUUGUUAAUGAAUAGCUUUCGGUUGUAAAUAAAUAAAAUAUAUAGUAAAGAUUUAGAAAUAAUUGUUCAACUCAUUAAAUUUUUAUUUUGUGGUUUCAGUGAAUGUAUCAACGACCAAUUUUUUCGGAAAACACAUGGAAUAAUAAUAAUAAUAAAGCCACAUAUCCAAUGUACUUAUUAUUAUAUUAUAUGCAAUAAAAAAAAAUAUUUUUUUAAUUUCAAGAAGAGUUAUCGUUUAUAAGUCCUUGAUUUUGCAAAACAUUAUUCAGUUACAGUAAAAGGAAAGCCAAAUUUAGGAAAAAUGCAUUCGGUGGGCAUACAUUCCGCUAUGGCGAUUAAACGACAACGAAAGCGAAGGGAUGAACAGAAGAGAGCUAGAGAAAGACGAUAUAGUACGCAAAGCUCAGAGAGUGGGGAAACAUUUCACUCUCCAACAGGAUCGGUUAGACGAAAAUAUAAUCAUCCUCACCAUGCGGCGAAACCCGGAAUGCUAGAUAGCCAGGUAGUCACAAGUAUUGGAAUGUUGCAUAUUGGCAUUGUAUUCAUUGUAUUUGGAGUUUUCCUUUGCGGGGCUGGUAUUAUUCCUGAUGAAGCGAUGUCCUGGAAUGUAUUUAGUUCCAGCUCCGCCUGGUGGAAUGAUGUUACGUGUACAGGUUUAUUUUCCCUAGGAUUGGGUUUAUUUUUACUCGUGUUGAACUGCCUUAUAAGUCGAAAAGAAGAGGAAGAUCUUGAGGACUAUGUUCAACGGCAGCUAACUCGAUCCCGUUCCGGUCACCGUCUUGAGAGAGAUGUAGAAACUGGUGUUUUAACCACACGACAUGCUAGAAAAGCUGUUGCCUUGCAGAAAUGCGGACGUACCAACUCACUGACAGAUGUGGCUGUGGUUAAUAGCGGCUCCUCGGAAAAUAUAUCCAAUGGACCAAUGAUUGGACGUAAUGGUCUGGCCAACUCCGGUGACGUGCCUCUCGAAAAAAUUGUGGAAGAGGACACUCCAUAUUUAAAUGAUCGCAGUGCGGGAAUAUCACCAAUUGAAAUAGAAAAUGAUACAAAGAUGCUUUUAAGAAAAGAAUCGAUUAACGAAUCCAUUAAUAUAACACGAAUAUAAAUAUAUUAAAUGUAACACUUAUUUUAUUUUCUAUAGCUUAGCAUAAAAUUAGAAUUAUCUGCAAAAUUACAUUUCAAACAAUAUAUAUAUAAAAUAAGCAAGAAAAAGAUAAAAAAAUACGUAAUAUUAUGAUCGUGUUUAUGUUAAGUGACUUGUGUUUACCUUAAAUAUAUUGUGAAACAUUCAUUUUGUAUGCUGCAAAAAAUUAACACUAAAGAUUUAUUUAAUGAAAAAGGCAUCCAAAAAUGAUGCGAAUGUAUGUAUGCAUGUGAACUCGAAUCGCGAAUAUAUGUAUAAAUACGUUUAAUUUAUUAAACGAAUGAACAAUUUAAAACUCUCGACAAUCGAGCACAUUGCCAAUGGCCAUUGAAUCAGAUCCAAAUAUCUCAAUGCUGUAGAGGAGAAAAUAUUUUACGGGAUAUAUUAAUAUAUUUAUUAUUUAAGACAUCCUUUUUAUGACUGAAAACGUAUC